AUGGUGCAAACUUGUCAGUCUUCGCAGAAGGGGGCGGACGCUGUCGCCAACGGCCAUGCCCAAGGAAUCGCCAAUGGUCACGUCAACGGGCAUACACUAACCCCAACAUCAGGUGUCGGCGAGAAAUUAGAUCGCUCAAGAUGGCGAUUGCUCGAUGAAUCAGGUCGGCAUACCUGGCACUACCUCAAGACCGAAAAAGAGGUUGCAGAAUGGCCGCAGUCGGCCGCAGACAAGUAUUAUUUGGGUUUGCCAACAGACCUCCCUGACCUUCGCUCUGCCUCAAAACCAUCGGAGUCGAUAGAUAACUGCCUGAGCUUCUAUUCACAACUGCAACUGCCUCCAGGCAAUUGGGCUUGCGAAUAUGGCGGGCCUCUCUUCCUCAUGCCCGGAAUCGUAUGCAGCUGGUACGCAACUGGGACGCCCAUUCCCCUCGAAUACAAAAUUGAGAUGAAAAACUACCUUUUUGCAAGACAAAAUAAAGACGGCGGAUGGGGACUGCACGUCGAAGGUCACAGUUCGGUUUUCGGCACGGCCAUGAACUACACCGUCUUAAGAAUACUGGGAGCAAGCGAGGAAGAUCCAAGAAUGAUCAAAGCAAGAGGAAAGCUCCAUGCAAUGGGCGGGGCUACCAAUGGUCCUCACUGGGCUAAAUUUUGGCUCAGCGUCCUGGGAGUUACCCGUUGGGAGAUAGUCAAUCCAGUUCCUCCUGAACUCUGGCUGUUGCCUGACUGGGUGCCCAUUGCUCCAUGGCGGUGGUGGGUGCAUAUGCGUCAGGUUUUCCUCCCCAUGUCCUACGUCUGGUCCAAGAGAUUCACCGUUCCCGAGAACGCCCUCAUUCGAUCGUUGCGACAGGAACUGUUCGUGCAGCCUUACGAGUCCAUUGAUUUUGGGGCACAUCGGAAUUCAAUUGCCCCUGAAGACAACUAUCAUCCAAAAUCCUGGCUUUUGAAUCUCAUAAUGUUCCUCCUGGUGUGGAUUUGGAUACCUCUUCUUAGAACCAAAUCGAUUGUCGAGAAAGCUGAAGCUUGGGUUUGGCGUCUUGUCCAGUAUGAAGACCACAACACAGACUAUGCAGACCUUGCUCCAGUUAACGCCCCUAUGAACACAAUCUGCUGCUUCAUCAAGGAAGGGCCUGACAGUUACUCAUUCAAAAGGCACCUCUAUCGCCUUGAGGAGUACCUCUGGGUUAAUAAAGAGGGGAUGCUUGUCAACGGAACCAACGGUGUUCAAGUUUGGGACACGUCAUUCACCAUCCAAGCCUGUGUUGAGGCAGGCUUGGCCAAUUCAUCCAAGUGGAAACCGAUGCUCAUCAAAGGAUUGGAAUAUUUGGAGUCUGAACAAAUCCGUGAAGAGAUCCCCGAUCGGGACGUCUGUUACCGCCAAUCACGCAAGGGGGCAUGGCCAUUCAGCACAAAAUUGCAGGGCUAUACCGUCUCUGACUGCACAAGUGAGGCGCUCCGUGUUGUCCUGCUUCUCCAGAAUGGUCACGGCUACAAACCGUUGAUUGACGACUCCCGCAUUCAUGAUGCGGUUGACGUGCUUCUAACCAUGCAGAACGAACAUACUGGUGGCUUCGCGAGCUACGAGCCCCAGCGCGGCUCUGAGUAUAUGGAAUUGCUCAACGCUGCUGAAGUCUUUGGCCGCAUCAUGGUGGAGUACGAUUACCCGGAAUGCACGACCGCCGUGGUCACGGUUCUGUCGCUGUUCCAGAAAUUCUACCCGGACUACCGUGCCAGCGAGAUCAAGGCAGUGAAGGAAUCCGCGUUGCAGUAUAUCCGUCGGGCUCAACGCGAUGAUGGAUCUUGGUACGGCAGCUGGGGUAUCUGCUUCACCUAUGGAGCCAUGUUUGCGCUUGAAUCCUUGUCCUCUGUGGGCGAAGUGUACUCCAACUCGCCACGCGUCAAGAAAGCAUGCGAGUUCCUGAUCUCGCACCAAAUGUCCGAUGGUGGCUGGGGCGAGAGCUAUCGUGCCUCAGAACUCAAAAAGUGGGUGGAUCAUGAAAAAUCACAGGUUGUGCAGACCUGUUGGGCGGUCAUUGCGUUGAUGUAUGCUGAAUACCCUGACCAAGAGCCGAUCAGAAGGGCGAUCAAAAUGGUUAUGGCCAGACAGCAGAAGAAUGGCGAGUGGCUGCAAGAGGCUAUCGAAGGGGUGUUUAAUUGCAGCUGCAUGAUCACCUAUCCGAAUUACAAGUUCUACUUCCCUGUGAAGGCGAUGGGCAUGUAUAUAGCUCGGUGGGGGGACGACAAGCUACUCUGA